CUUGGAGGAUCUUGACGAGACCAUUAAUAUCCUUUAACUGCAGACCCCAGGUUGGGAACCCCUGCCCUAAGGUCCAUGGAGUUGUUGCCUGUCAAAGCCUCUUCAAAGGCUGCUGAUGUAACUUGCCACAGAAAUGCAAAUGAUUUCAGGACUUGUGUGAAGAUCUGAUCACAUUUUAGGUCAUAUUUAUGAAGAAAUAAAGAAAAUUCUACAGCGUUCACAAACUUCCUAGCACCACUGUAUGUGCCUAAAUCUUUUCCACGUAGAUGUCACCACGUCUGUUCUGAAAUUUAGUGAACAGAGCUACAGUAAGCCAGCUACGUGUUAUCCUGCAAUGAUUAAAACUGGAGGUGAAAUUCACUGUCCAACUUACAACCAACAUUAAUACUGAAAGAUUUCAUUUUCUGUGGUUCUUGCUUUUAGACUACAAUAAUCCAUCAUCGUUUGAGAAGGGAAUUAGAUUCAGCCAAGUUACGAAACACAAGAAUCAAUUGUUAGGUGAAAGUAUAUGUGGAAACAGAGCAGAACUUGGCAUCUUUAUAACAACAGUAAUGUUGGGAUGGCAUCAAAAGGAGGUUGUGGAAUUUACCCUAUUGCCUACAGAUGUAAAGUAUAUUUUAAAGAAAUGAAAGAUCACAUGUCCAGUUCUUCGAUGCAAGCAUUAGUGGAACAGAGAAACCGACAGGCACUGCUAAGCGCUAGGGGAAGCCAGAGACCAAGCUUCACUUCAGACAAAUACAGCCGACUUGAUCAAGAACUGCAAGCAGUGAAUUCUCAGUUCAUUGAGGACCAAAACAUGCAACAGCAGUUGAUCGUGGAGCAGCAGGAUGAUCAGCUGGAGCUGGUUUCAGGCAGCAUCGGAGUUUUGAAGAACAUGUCGCAGAAGAUCGGCCAUGAAUUGGAUGAGCAAGCAGUUAUGCUUGACGAGUUCUCCUAUGAGUUGGAUAGCACACAGUCACGGAUGGAUAAUGUAAUGAAGAAGCUGGCCAAAGUGUCCCACAUGACCAGUGAUCGACGGCAAUGGUGUGGAAUCAUCGUUCUACUAAUCAUCUUGGUUGUGGUGCUGAUACUGUUAUUUGCUCUCUAACCUGAACUGUUUGUGCAAGGAGUGAAUAGAGGGGGAAGCAGUGGUAAGAGGGAGGACAGAAGAAGAACCUGCCGCUCUCUGGUGCUACUGUCUAGGUUGGCCAGGCCCUGGGCCUUUGGUUGCUGAGUAUGAAAAGUUUGUGCCCCCCAUCCAUCUUCCUAGCAAUCACUGUUAUAUUUUUUUACCUGCAGGGUCACAGCUGAAUGUCUCGAAUUAAAUUGUUCAUUCACAAAAAUGCUGAGGGAUUUACCCAAGGUCAUGUGAACAUUGGAAGUAUAGGGUUGCACCCAGCGCUUUUCCCCACAGGAUAGAAGAAUAUUGUUUUCCAUGGAUUUGGGAAGCGGGUUUUAGGGCCUCUGGCUUCCGAGUAAGUUCAUAUUUCUCCUAGAAGUAGUGCCCUUGAUGGUUUGAGUGUAUAGAGAAGGCUGUUGGGUACACUGCUGGCCAAGCAGACCACAAGACCCCAGUUUUAAGUAUUGGUUUAUGCAGAGUCAGCUACGUAAUUGUAAUUGGUCACAGAAGUAGUAAAAUUAAGAUCAAACUCCUGCUAUUUGCUGUACUAUGUGCAGAUCAGAGGUAUGGCCAGAAUUGUGCUAGGCUGCGGUGCUUUCAAUAAUUAAACAACUUGUGCAGACAACAGCAGUUAUUCAUCAACUGAAAGCUAUGAUCACUGCUAUCUCUGAUUUCCGCAACCCCACCGCCUUUCAACAGAGGAGAGAGGAAUCUGUGAUUAGGUUUAGAUCAUGAAUGACCAUGUCCAGAUAUUCAGUGAGAAUUCACAAUGCAGAAUCUCCUAGCAUUAAUUAUUCCUCUUGGGAAAUUGUUACUCAGGUGUUACGCAGGAACAAAAUGUGUGAUGGAGUCACAGGUAGCCUUUGAGGUGUUGCACUAGUAUAGUGCAGUCCAUUAGCCCCGUGUAUCAGAAAUAAAGAAUCUGGAACUGUCUGCAACAAUCUCAAUGUUUCUGUUGUGGCUGACCCACCUCUGCUUGUCUUAACAGGCUGGGUAAUGAGUUCACAAAUGUGAAACCGCCUUGGGCUUGGAAAAUGCUAUUCACAGGUGGUAUUAAAUUUACUUCUUGUCCUCAGGUUUCUGUGCAUUGUAGCAUUUCUCUGCAUUGGCAUGUGAUUGUGUUCAAAUGUACUCUACCACCCCCAUACAUUUGAACAGCAACAGAAUUCCCAUAGUACACGAUUUUUUUUAACAUGAUAGAUGGAAUGAAGUGAGGGGCUAGAGUAUGGGGAUUGAGGUGGAAGGUGUGAAGUCGUCCCCAGGUGGAGUAUUCUGUACUCAGAGAAAUUCAAGUAAAUACAGUAUUAAUUUUCAAUUAGUUGGUAACUCAACCAACUGUUUUUGUUGUCCUUCCUCACCCUGCCAUAAAACCAUCUUUCCUGCAAGUUCAAACAGACCAUAUAGUCCCCCGUUAUUUCCCAGUCCACUUCUUUAAAUUACAGAAGAAAAUAGUUCAAAGUAAACUAGAUGCUCUGAGGUUGUCACCAUCAAGUUGUUCAUACUAUGUUUAUCUCCGUGGCACAUACACAUCAUACCUUCGAUUAGCACUGACUACUCUGCAGUCUUUACUCCAAACAAAGCUGGUGUCUUUUGGCUGUCACACAGUUUUAGAGUCUCCUUUCUUCCCAUAGGAGAGAGCCAAAGGUAACAGUUACACUGCCAGUAAAUGGCACAUAAAAAAAACUUAUCAGAACCAGUUAGGUCCAUAGGCUUCCCUUUCUCUCUCUCAAAAUAAUUUGUACCAAAAGUCUGAACAGCACUCCCCCUCCUGUGCAUAGCUGAACUGCUGCAGGUUAGGCAGUGUUGGUGUUAGAACAGCUGACGUUUGCUUGAGCCCUGAUACUUUGUGGGAAAGAGAGCCAGACAGGUUGCCAACUGCAGUACAGCAGGUGUGAAUAUACCUGGUUUUGUCUGUAAACCCAGUGGGAUUGGGCUCACCCUGCACACAUAAUCACAAGCUGGGUGGCCACAGUAAAAAGGGCAAUAUUUGAAAUUGGAGGGUGACUAGAAGAUAAAGAAUCUGAAGGGGGGUUAUAAUUAGUUAAAUAGUUGAAGGAUUUAAUAGGAGGACACUGGCUGGAAAUGCUUGUACACAUGGCAUAGCUACAAAUCCAUUUUGGAUUUCAGUACUUCACACCACUGACCAGACAUUUUCAUUGCUGAAUUGUUCAUUUAAGGUCACUGUUGAAGAAGACUAGAGACACACCUUGGCCUCAACAGUUUGAGGUGGUUGAAAACACCAUAACUGGUAUUGGUAAAGAGCUGUGACAUAAUGUGGGUGGAUGGUAAAGAAAUGCUCAAUAACUGUUGUCUAAUUGAACACUGGAAUUGACUCAAGGGCCUAACAGGCUCCUGCUGUUAAUUAUUUUUGUAAAACCAAGAACCAAAUUAAAUAUUUUAAUUUUUUCAAUACAGUACCAGCAUGAGAUAUACUCAGAUGAUUUUAAAAGAAAGACUUUAAGGUGGUUAUGUGAUAACAGAAAUAUUUAAAUCAUAACUAUUUUGUUGUUCUAAACUGGCCAGUGUGAUGUUAAAAUGUUCCAGAUGUCUUUGGGUCAAAAGUUUAUAUCAGACUAUUGUACUUGUGGCUUGAUGUUAUCUUGCAGAAUCUCAUAGUUCAGGCAUUGAUGAAAGCUUCAGAGAAGUGAAGCACUGACCACUAACACCCAACUUCCAUAAAAUCCUAACACCUGUUGGAGUUGUGGUUGCUCAUUUUGACAAUGGGGUGGCAACAUCUGCACACCCCACAGCACUUUGCAUGAAAGGAAUUUGACAGCAGAUUGCCAUCAGCCAUUCUAAUGUGUGUGCUUUAGGUCUGAUCAAUACUUACCCUCAACCAGAUGCUUUUCUUGGGGGGUCUACUAACAAUUCUCAAAUCAACAUCGUGCACUGGGGUUUGACUAAUUUGUCAAAUUGGCCUUCUCUGCCUCAUUAGUGUCAGGUGUUGCUUACUGGCAAGGCCAUGUAUUUGAAUUCCAAUCCAGAGCCCUGAAACCAGUGCAGUACCUGGGGAGGGCUAUGCUUUCCACAAGCCACCACCUUUCAGAUGAAACGUCCAACUGAGGUCUUAUUGGUUCUUUUGGAUGGAUAGAAAAUAAAAGAUCCCACUGCGCUAUCCUAAAGAACAGGGCAGAAAUGAACCAUGGUAGUUUGGCCAGUUUUAUUCUUUCAUGUGCAUUGGGAAACCCAGUUCUCUGGUUAAUGUUAGAUUACUGUUUGGGAUCUUGGUGUGCACACAUUGCAUGUCAUACUUCCUACAUUACAGCAAUUGCAGUUGAAAAGUAUCUAAUUGACCAUAAAGUGUUUGGAUUGUUUUGAAGUUGGUGAAAGGUGCUAUAUAAAUGCAAAUCUUUACAAGAUUACUGUGUGUCUUUUUUCAUAUAAACGAUGAUGUGAUUUACAAAUAAAUGAUGC